GAAAUGCUGCCGACUCCUCCUACUAGCAUAUCUCCUGUUUUUAGCUCUAUUAGCUUGUAAAUUAUUAUUUAAAAAAAAAAAAAAAACCUGUUAGACCGCCUCGACGACGCCAAGGAACAUUUGGGGCGGACUUUAAAAAAAAGUGCAUUUAUUUUUAGCAUGAUGAUAUUUUGUUUCGGUGAGCAUGUGGAGUAAGCCGCUUUGGGUAGUAAGGAGCUACCUGGCGGCCAGUGUGUGCCGUAGCAGCUGUCAUCGCACCUAGCCGGUUAGCUUAGCCGCAUAGGUGCGCUAGCGACUGUUUCUUCGGGCUAACAGACUGACUGUUAAGUCUGCAAGCCGCCGCUGCUUGAGAGUGAAGUGUCUGGGGAAUACAUUUGACCUUUUACAGCUAAAACACUACUAAACAACGUUUGGUCCUGGCUACUGCUAGAGCGACUAUGCCUUAGCCAAGAAACGUUUGCCGGUUCGGAUAUUUCGAGACCCAGUAAGUCGGCUAUCAUUUUAGCUGUAAGUCAGUUAGCUGCUGUCAUUCAGUUGUUUUAAACUAGCUACCUCGUUAGCUGCUAGCUCGUCCGCCAUUGCUGCAAGCGUUUUAUACAUCACUGGCUUUGCCACUUUUGGAUAACACCUGGUGAGAAUGAAGAAAUUUUUUGACUCACGACGGGAGCUGGUGAGCUCCGGGCCCGGCUCGGUAGCCGGCGGGGGAGGCGCUGGUUCCGGCGGCGGGGGGAGCUUUAUCGGCCGGGUCUAUACCAUUGGAAGACAUCAAGUGACCAUCGAAGAAAUAGUGGCUGAAGGAGGUUUUGCCAUCGUGUUUUUAGUUCGAACUAAUCAGGGUCAACGAUGUGCUCUAAAACGGAUGUAUGUUAACAAUGAGGAUGAUCUACAAAUCUGCAAACUUGAGAUACAGAUUAUGAGGGACCUAGUGGGCAACAAAAACAUAGUUGGCUUCCUGGAUUCCAGCAUAGCUGCAGUUGGAGCUGAUGAUGUGUGGGAAGUCCUCAUCUUAAUGGACUUCUGUCGUGGUGGACAGGUAGUCAACCUGAUGAACCAGCGAUUACAGACAGGCUUCACAGAGGCAGAAGUGUUGCACAUCUUUUGUGACACGUGUAAGGCUGUUGCUCGUCUGCACCAGUGCAAGACUCCAAUUAUUCAUAGAGACCUCAAGGUGGAAAAUAUUCUUCUUCAUGACCAGGGACACUAUGUACUGUGUGACUUUGGGAGUGCCACAAACUGCUUUCAAAACCCGCAGACCGAGGGUGUGCCUGUCAUUGAGGAGGAAAUUAAAAAGUACACUACUCUGUCUUACCGUGCACCAGAGAUGGUCAACCUCUAUGCUGGGAAGGUUAUUACCACUAAGGCGGAUAUUUGGGCUAUGGGCUGUCUACUCUAUAAACUAUGCUACUUCACGCUUCCUUUUGGGGAGAGCCAAGUUGCUAUCUGUGAUGGCAGUUUUACUAUCCCAGACAACUCGCGCUACUCCUAUGACAUGCACGGUCUCAUCAGAUAUAUGCUGGAGCCUGACCCAGACAUGAGGCCAGACAUCCAUCAAGUGUCUUACUUUGCCUUUAAACUGAAUCGACAAGAGUGUCCAGUUCCAAAUGUACAUAAUGUGUCCAUUCCUGCAAAACUCCCCGAGCCUAUCAAAGCCAGUGAAGCUGUGGCCAAAAAGAGUCAAACCAAAGCCAGGCUCACAGACCCCAUUCCUACCACUGAAACCUCAAUAGCCCCUCGACAAAGGCCUAAGGCUGGCCAGACUCAGCCACAGCCAAUAUCGGGCAUUCUUCCUAUACAAGCAGCUCUGACCCCACGCAAGAGGCCCAAUGUUGCUGCUGGAGCAGCCCAGCCUAUAGUAGGCGUCACUGUUCCACCUUCAGCUUCAGGUGCUGUCCAACCUGCUCCCAAUAUUCAGCCUCAAGUUACACCGCAGCCUCAGCAACUACUCAUCAAACAUCAGCAGGCGCCUCCCUUCUUGAACCCACAACAUAACCAACCGCAGCGACUUGAGGUCCAUGAAAGCCCAGCUAUCCAUCUGACAUCCAUCCCUGAGUGUGCAGUCAUUGGGCCAACUGAUGACCCAGAUGUGACAACUGGGCGAGGACUUCACAAAUUCGGCUCCCGAACACCACCCUCGUCACCGAAGAUGGCAUCUAAGAGUGGCCAUCGACGCAUCCUGAGUGACGUCACUCACAGUGCCAUCUUUGGGGUCCCAGUGAGCAAGUCCACCCAGCUACUUCAAGCAGCCGCAGCUGAGGCCAGCCUCAACAAGUCCAAAUCAGCCAGCACUACUCCUUCUGGUUCACCAUGCUCAUCUCAGCAGACUGUAUAUCACCCGGCUGACACUGUCACCCAAACUGCCCCUAUUACUACUAAUGCUCAGCCCAGCUGGAACCCCUUCGGUGACGAUAACUUCUCCAAGCUAACAGCCGAGGAGCUGCUUAACAAAGACUUUGCAAAGCUAGCUGAAACUGCUGGACCAGAGGAGAAGGCAAUGGAUGACAAUCUCAUUCACGGAUUCAAUUCAUUUACAGACAACCUGAUUGAAGGACUGAAUUCUCCUGAAACUUCUCUUCUGCUCCCUGACCUCCUAACCCUGGCAGAGCCCCUGGGCACAAACACUGCAAAGACCGAGAUGUGUGUGGAUUCACUGAUUCCUGGUUUGGAAGCUCCCCAAGCCCAGCAGCAAUCAGGCCAGCCAGAACUCAUCUGUGCCAGCAUGCCAGACUCUUCUUUCCUCAUGUCGCAUGGAGAGAAAGCCAAUAACGACGAGUUUGACCCUAUUCCCGUGCUCGUCACCAAAAACUCAAAUCCAGGUGGCCACUCGCGUACCAACAGUGGCAGUUCAGCGUCCAGCAUCCCCAACUUGGCCCGCUCCCUUCUGCUGGUGGAUCAGCUCAUCGACCUCUAGAAGGGGAUGGGAGAGGUUGAGGGGCUUUGUAAAGCCCUAACUUUGGGACAGGGGAAGAGUUGGGUUCGAGAUGUAGAAUCUUUUCAAAUGAAAGACUAGUUCACCUUGACCGAGACUCAGUCUGUAGUUGCCUGAUAGGCAGGUUACAUAAGGCUCUGCUUACAUUCCCAUCAAUGCUUGAGCAUAUCAUCUGCCACUGUCAUGGCUACACCAUGGUUUUCCUCAUGCUUUCUCCCCUCCAUAAACUCUCAUUUAACGUGCGGCCAUAGUGGUCUACUUUCAUUUCAUGAUGGACUGCUUGAUGACCGCUGCUUUGCUUUCCCUUUUGUGUGCUUGUUGGUUAUUUUCAGCCUUCAGGCAAACUCGACCAAAAGAGUCAAAAGGCUGCAGGCUUCCUGGUCAAUUUGAUGCACUUUCUCUAAACACAGGUUGCUUUAUAACCAACAUGUACCCAGAAUCACCCAGUUUGCACUAAUAGAACCAGUUUGUCUUUAACCAAUGAGGUGGCAAAUUGUCUGCCCUGACAGGUUUCUCAGUCCACUCUGGAUUUUUGUGCUGUUGUUUUAUACCUUUUGUAAACACAGUGAACACAUGCGUUUUAAAAUCUAUUGAUUUUAUUCAUCACUAUUUUCCCAUGGAUCUAACAGUAUAAAAAGAUGUAGCUUCAGCUUCACUGUUUUGUCACCUCACAACGAUUGUGAAAUGGGACAAUGUUUCAUCUGUAAAUGAGCUAGAUGGGCAAAAUGAUAGGGACACUUUUAAGGAAGUGAUGGAGUUGGACGGAUGUUGGACCUGCUGCCUCACUAUCUUCUGUUGUUAGAGUUCAUCUUGAAGGUUUUUGGUGGUGUUGAGGUCAGGGCUCUCAAAUUCUCCCCCACCAAACCCAUCAUCUAAGCAUGCCUUUACGGACCUUGCUUUGUGUCCUGGGGCCCAGUCUUACUGGAACAGAAAAGGGUCUUCCCCAAACCUUUCCCGCAAAGUUGAAAGCAUAGAGUGUCUUGGUAAGAUCAAUUGCACUUUUGGGGGGAAUUUUGCCCAUCAUUUACAAUCCCUAUGUGAGACAAGAAGAGAUGUAUUUCCCUUUUUUAAAUCUUGAAAAACUGCUAGUAUGAGGCAUCUAACAUUGUAGGUAAUGGGAUUCAUCUAUUCUUCCUAUAAGGCGCUCUAAAAACAACAACAAACAACGCACCAUUUACAUGCCGUGGCCGUCAUAUUAACAAGGCCGUAGCAACAGUUAUUGUACGAGCUAACAACUUUGAACUAUUUAUCUGACGUCGUGACAUAUUACCGUAUUUUCCGCACCAUAAGGCGCCCUGGGUUAUAAGCCGCGCCUUCAAUGAACGGCAUAUUUCAAAACUUUGUCCACCUAUAAGACGCCCCGUGUUAUAAGCCGCAUCUAACUGCGCUAAAGGAAUGUCAAAAAAACAGUCAGAUAGGUCAGUCAAACUUUAAUAAUAUAUUAAAAACCAGCGUGAUGUGGGCGCGCACGGAGUCGUAUAUCAACAUGGACGGAGCUGCGUGAAAAAAGCCACCCGGCCUCUUCACGUAAACUUAAACUUACCUUAACCACUCGCUCAUCUUUUCUUCAUCCAUCCCUUCGAGUUAGCUUUUAUGAUGACGCCGGCUGGAAAGGUCUCUUUUGGCAAGGUCUUCCUUUUGAAUAUCACCAUGGGUGGAAGUUUCUGGCCAUUAGCAUGGCAAGCUAGAACCACAGUGAAGGAUGACUUCUCAUUCCCUGUGGUGCGAAUAUUCACCGUACGUGCUCCCGUUGUAUCCACAGUGCGGUUCACAGGAAUAUCAAAAGUCAGUGGAACCUCGUCCGUCCAUGUUGAUAAUGUUCUCUGGCCGGAUCUUUUUUUCAGCUAUCUUGUUUUUACAAUAUGCACGGAAAGUAGCCAGCUUUUCUUGAAAGUCUUUAGGCAGUUGCUGUGAAAUAGUAAUCCGUGUGCGGAUGGAGAGAUUGCGUCUUUUCAUGAACCGGAUCCCUGUCGCUUAGUAGGAGCCAUUUUGUGGUCUUUACAGAUGUAAACACACAAAGGAAAUGAAACGUACGGUAAUAUCCGCGCGCUUUUUCUUCUUCUACGCGGGCGGGGGGUUGCUUACAGUAGAAGAAGAAGCGCUUCCUGUUUUAUGGGGGCGGGUGCUUACCUUGGCGGUUGCUUGCGUAGAAGAAGAAGCACUUCCUCUUCUACGGGGAAAAAAGAUGGCGGCUGUUUACCGUAGUUGCGAGACCGAAACUUUAUGAAAAUGAAUCUUAAUAUUUAUCCAUAUAUAAAGCGCACCGGGUUAUAAGGCGCACUGUCAGCUUUUGAGAAAAUUUGUGGUUUUUAGGUGCGCCUUAUAGUGCGGAAAAUACGGUAACUUACUCACACUGCUCCUCCGACUAAGUAGCCAGCUAUUAGCUAGCCUAAACUGCUAAUAACAUUGGUUGUGACCCGCCAAUAAAUCAAGAAGCUUGAGCUUCUGCAUUGCCUUUGAUUUUGGAAAAGUUAAUGCUAGGUUAUAAAUCAUAACUCACACCUGAAAAGUAGAAGGUUGUGGCACCAAAACGGGAGAUUGGUCAACUUUUAAAAUCUACACGCUACCAACUUGAUACUAUAUGGCUCUCAAUAAAUGGAAUGCAGCAUAAGACCAUAGCAACAUCACUUGGAAGCAUUUUUCAUCGGAGGAUUAUUCAGAAUUUAACAGCUCUAAAAAUAAACAAUAUUCCAUCAUUUGUCAUCCCAGUGAGCGCAGUCACAGUUUUAUCUUAUUAUUAUGUGAAAGUUUUAGCACUAAGCAACAAUCGCCAUGGCUAUGCGCUCGAUGAAAUUAAUGCGCCCAGGAAAGGAGUUUCUGGAAUACUUGAUGACCAAAAUACCGUAAAUGUUACAUGUUGUCAUGAAUGUGCUUGGUACUACAUUGCAUGUAUAAUUACAGCAUUAACAUACAUCGGUGUAGGAGACUUUUGGAUGUUUUAAAGGGCUUUAUAGGUGGAAAAUAUUGUAUCCCCAUUACCUGCAUUGUUAGCUGCCUUUCAUGAGCAUUUUUUCUACUAUUUGGAACACAGAAAAGAGAGAAACUUGUGUUCUUCUCUUGCAUAAGGAUUGUGAAUGAUGGGCAAAAAAAUUUCAAACGUGCAGUUCCCCUUUCAGAUCAGGAGGGGUCUGAACGGGUCUAUCAAUAUUUAUAUCAGCUGUAUUAUGUGGACAAAAGUGAUAUGUUUACUGUCAUUAGUUACAAUGGCCAAUGACAAGAUGACUAAGUAAAAUACUGCUCUCAGUGAAGAUCACUUCGCUUGCUCUUAACUAGACUUCAAAGAUAAUUAGUGAAGAUUGCGCAGUGCAUUGUGGGUGCCGGGUAGCCAUUUUUGCUGAACAUAGGUUUUGUUUACAUGGCUGUACUGUAGCUGGAUUAAAAUGGAUCGUACAUAAUAAUACAAAAAUCAUGGGACCGCAUCGAGACAUCACUGAUCACUGUAGUACUGCUCCAAAAAUAACUCAUUCAUUUUUGUGCUUACCCAAGACUAAAAGUAAACAAACAAUGCUUUUUUCCAAAAUACCAUAUGCUUUUUGUCACUCGCAGCUAGACUGGUUAACGCUAACAGCCGACUAAAUGCUACGUGUGCAACAGAAUAAAACAUGCUUUGAUUCAAUCUUACCAGUGUGAAAAUGCAGUGAACACACCAACAUGUACCAUGGUGAUGGCGUUAAAAAUCGUGUUUGAUCGUCUCACGACUGCUAUGCAGGCUAUUAGGCGUCUCUUCAUUAGCAUCAUAACCUGACUUCCUUCGGCCUUGCUUUCACGCUGAAACGAGAAAAAUCUCACCAAAUCUUUUUUUUUUCAUGAAGCAAUCACGACCACGAUUGUGGCAGUUAAUGAUGCCGCAAGUUUGCGCCAUGUUUUGAACUUGUUAAAGGGAAGAAAAAAAAACCCGUACGCACAGAGUCUUGCAUUAAGCCAUGUAAAUAAGCGAUUCAGAGAGACCCACAAUGCAAUGCGUUUUCACGUCGCACUUUAAAGCCGCAUAGAAGCGCCGCAUCAUAGACCGCCAGUCCAACUGCUAUUACAAACUUGGAAGUCACUCGACCAAUACCUCUUUCUCAGAAAAUAAAAAACGUGUGUAUGUUGUUUGGGUUUGUUUUGUUUUGCUUUUGCCAGCCAAGCUAAUUUAUGAUUGUGGAAUUUGUAAAUGCAUCACAUCUAUCAUGGUUAUGAACAAAUGUGACUGACAUUAACGCUUUAGACUGAAUGUAUAAAUGUGAUAUAUGUCAAAUCUAAAGGGACCCGAGCCUGUCUGUGUAUAAAUGCAAAGAUGUUGACCGCUUUCCAAAGUUUUUUUUCACGCCAUCAUGUCAACCUUUUGUUCUAACGCCUCCCUGUGGAUAAACUAAGUGCUUCUGACAGCUACUUUUUGUUGCUUGUCUCCAGCCAACACAUUUUCGGUUUGAAUAGAAAAAUGGUCUUCAGCAUAGAGGACAUCUGAGCACCUCACAUUCUCUCUUCUCCUUCUACUCACACCUGACUAAAAUAAUUAGUUAACCAUGUUUGGUCACCUAAACUGCAAAGAAGAUGGGGCAAUAAUUACAGUGGAACCUCUAUUUACGAACUUAAUUCGUUAUUCAGUGUAGUUUGCAAACCGAAAAGUUUGUAUAGUGAAGCACAGUUCUCCAUAAAAAUCUAUUGAAACAUGAAUAAUUGGUUCUAGCCUCGACAAAAGUCCUAAACUUUUAACGCAACAACAUUACAGCAAGUUUAAAUGACAACACACGUGCAGAAAAAGGAUAAUUGUUUUACUUUGUGUCUGGGAAUAUAUGUGGCAUUAUUGAACACUGAGUUUCAGAGUGGUAAACAGGUAGUGGCUUCACAUUGUCACUUAGCACAAACUAGUAGUGUGAGGCGAUCCUUCCUUGUGUGUUUUUGAUUGAUUGAAACUUGUAUUAGUAGAUUGCACAGUACAGUACUUAUUCCGUACAAUUGACCUCUAAAUGGUAACACCCGAAUAAGUUUUUCAACUUCUUUAAGUCAGGGUCCACGUUAAUCAAUUCAUGGUCCCGGUUGUGCCUUCUCCUUCGCUGUAAGAAAGGUCCGCUGUGGCAUCUUUUUCGGUCUCAUCACAUUUAAGGACUUGCUGCGGACUAAAACACCCUUCGCUAAGAGAAUCCUUGGUCUGCCGGAGGCUACGUGCUAAAAUACUAGCUGUAUAGCUUGUCUAGCAACCCGAAGCUAUACAGUACAGUUUGGACACAUUUAAAGCGUUUCUGAUCACACAAAGUGAUGUCUAACACAGGCAGACACAGUUCUGCCCGGUGCGAGUUACGACAGUUGUGGAAAUAAACUUGUCAGCCAUCAAAGCUCUUGAAUGAAUGAAGCGUUUAUAAGCCGAGACAUGGUUUGCACACCGAGGUAUAUUUGGCCCGAUGUAAGCGUUCGUGAACCGAAAAAGAUGCGAAUGAAGGCGUUCAUGAAUCGAGGUCCCACUGUACAUCCAACAAUAGCAAUUCAAAUAAUACAACAACUCACAAUUCCAUUCUGUUCUACUUGUUUGGGUGACAAUUUAAUUCAGAAUACAUUCUCUCAAAAUAGCAUUUAGUAUAUGAUUUAUAAUGAAAUCUUUUUUUUUUAAUGACGGUUACUGUUUACAAAAGCUCCUCUUGGCUGCUGAAGUAAAUGCGCAGCGAGUAAGUAAUGGCCAAAAAAAUGUCUUUAAAAUUCGAUUGAAUCAAUUCAGAAAUGUAAUACAGUCUUCCCUCGUUUAUGGCUUCACUCGAUACCAUAUUCUAUGUAUUUUGGAUUAAAUAAGUACAAAAAUGGCUUAAUGAACUAAGAAUAUUAUUACUACAGUAGCAUGGCCACUAAUUAGCUCAGCCUCAGGCAGAGUUACUAUUGGAUUAAAUAGUGUAUAGGUGACUAUGUGGGUAUUUCAUAUCUAUAGGACUCCCAUCAUGUUAAAAUAUUUAUUAUAAUUUGGAAAAGGGGUCUUAUAAUGCAAAAAACUAUUUUUCUUACCUGUUUGGUACCACAUCGAAAGGAGCCAGAUGAGGUGGUUCGGGCAUCUGGUCAGGAUGCCACCUGAGCGCCUCCCUAGGGAGGUGUUUAGGGCACGUCCGACCGGUAGGAGGCCACGGGGAAGACCCAGGACACGUUGGGAAGACUAUGUCUCCCGGCUGGCCUGGGAACGCCUCGGGAUCCCCCGGGAGGAGCUGGACGAAGUGGCUGGGGAGAGGAAAGUCUGGGCUUCCCUGCUUAGGCUGCUGCCCCCGCGACCCGACCUCGGAUAAGCGGAAGAAGAUGGAUGGAUGGAUGGAUGUUUGGUAUCUCUUUGUGUAAAAAAAAAUAAUUAAUAAUUCAAUCAACUAUCGAGGCAUGUCAGAAAUAUUUAUAAAACUAUCUUGCCUUCUUCCAAACUUGCUCCAAAUAAGCUGUUUAGUGAAGUGAACUAUAUUUAUAUAGCGCUAUUCUCUAGUGACGUAUUUUACCUUAGUUAUGUCAGUGGAUAUCUACUUAUAUGGUAGAGGUUUUCCCAAAAAGCUUUGCAAGAGUCACCUUUUUUUUAAUUAUAUGUAGUACAAAGUUGUAGUCCAUAAGUUCCUUAUUUUUCUCCAUCCUCUUGGCUCGUACAUGGACAUGCGUCCUCCGCUGUUGCCAUUUCUAAUAAAAAAGUAGCGUACAGUACAAUUCUAACCUAAAUCUGUCAGUAGACUCAAUAUGAAAGCGCUAGCAACUACAACAUGGCUGAUGGGGAGAAGACGCAGUCGAAGCUGGCUUGGCCUGGAGGAGGACUUCAGCACCAAAUAAGAUCUCCCCUUUAUAAAUAAAAUGUACUUACUUACUAUAAAACGGCACAUCCUAAAAAGACAGUCCGAAAGCGUUUUAAAGAUGGUUUGUAAAACAUAAGCUAUGCACAAUUUUGACUUAAGCACCACCAUUACAUGUUUUAAAUGUAGAAAAAAAUCACAUAAUGACCUUUUGAAUACCGGUGAAGAAAUGCCCCAUUGACAUGAAUAUUAGAAUCGUGUAGCUAACAAAUUGAGUCUGUGUUACAUUAUCAGCACUUGGAUAACCAAGUCAGGUCGCAACAAAAUCCAAAACUGCUGUUUUCCUUUUAACGGCUUCCACUAACACCUCCUGAGAGCUGCCGUCAACGCUGCUGAGGUAAGACUGACCCGUGCGCUCCUCUGUGCUCGUCUUGUCUCACUGCUGCCAAGGGCCGUCUCCUUGUUUCCACUGACUCCCCGUGCUCCCGUCCUUUCCAACAGCAACACUUGUUGAGAGCAAGCUGUGGAAACAAGGUUGCUCCAUGUUGUGCCGCUGAAGCUGUGUAGUACCUUGUCUCCAGUAGAACUUGUGUUGUCCUUAAGUGUCGUGACGCUUACUAGUAAGAGGUUGCGUGGUCUCCCGACGACAUUGAACAACAUGCUCUCCUUAUCUGCUCUCAUGCAGAUGCUCAAGUGGAGAGGAACGGCUACUCCGUGCUUGGCCAGGACCACGACACUGAGAUUCCGGCGAACGAGGCAUGUAGUCACUCCAGUGAUGAAGACCA